AUGGUGUUUGGAGUUUUGGUAAAAGAGUUGGAAUUUGGGUAUAAAAAAGGUGACAACGAGGACUCUCAGGUUACCAUUGAGGGUCAAGCGGUCCCACAAACGACUAAGUUCAAGUACUUAGGAUCGUUUGUGCAAAGGGACAUGGAGAUAGACAGUGAUGUAUCCCACCGCAUCCAGGCUGGUUGGUGCAGGUGCAGAGCAGCCACUAAGAUUUUGUGUGAUAGGAGGUUCCCAACAAAAUUAAAGGGAAAAUUUUAUAGGGUAGCAGUUAUACCGGCUAUGUUAUACGGGAUAGAUUGUUGGACCAUCAAGAAAACACAAGCACACAAGAUGGAGGUAGCGGAGAUGAGGAUAUUGAGGUGGAUGUGUGGCCACACGAGGUUAGACCGAAUAAGAAGUGAGGUUUUUAGGGAAUGGUUAGGAGUGGCUUGUAUAUUGGACAAAUUAAAAGAGCGGAGCUUUAGAUGGUUUGGGCAUGUGAAGAUGAGGCAGUUGAUAGAACCAGUUAGAGCAGUGGAAACCAUUACAGUGGAAGGAAGGAUGAGUAGAGGCAGGCCCAAGUUGACUUGGGAUGAACGACUUAGGCAAGAUUUGGUAGAGUUGCACCUCUCCUAG